UGCCAUUUAUAAUAACUUUGACUUUGGGAAUGGUUUCCAACAAGAAGUAAACAAAGAAAAAUUCAAGUAUUAAAGUGUCAUUACUAUCCAACAAGUUUGACUAUCCCAUGAAAAGCUUUCAUAUGUACUAAAGGAUAAAUUUGCUUUUGACUACUUAUAUAUUGGGCCGAACAGUUCCUGUUUGCCAACAUUCGUAUACUUGGGCAUAUUAAAUUGGGUCUAAUAUGUCGGACUUGAUGCUGCUCGCGAGUCUUGUUUUGUCCGUUGUGAACUGCGUUUGCGGUGAGCGCUUGAACGAAUUUGUUUCACAUUACGAACCGCUAAACUAUAAUAGACAUCUACUCGACAGUCAACAUCAUAGAGUUCGUCGUUCGUUGAGCGAUGAAAGUAUCCUUCAUUUCAACUUCAAGGCUCACGGAAGGUGCGUUUUCAUAUCUUUUUAUUCGCUCUGUUUCAAAAAUUACUCAGGCUGUCAGAAUCUAUUCAUACAAAUGGUAAUAUAUAAAUUCAAAACCGACUCUCCCACAGUCUCUGUUAAGCUAUGUGCAUAUGUAAACAUUGUGGUUCUCGACUUAUCGUGUUUUCUUUACGACGCAACGAAAGAGAAUCGGUUUUACCGCAUCAAAUCUUAUGCAUGUAUUGUUCAUAGGAAGUUCAAUUUACGAUUGAAACGAGACACAACAAUAUUUGCUCCAGAUUUGGAUGUGGACCCGGAAUUUGAUCCGAGUAAGGUUUACAAGGGCCAUGCUGAAGAUUUUCAGAUAAACUUGAAGACCGAAUAUCACAUUGAGCCCAGUUUAGACCACUUUCAAGACAAGAAGAAUUUUCAUUCUGUAAUCUACAAGGCCUCUGACCUUAACUACCCGUAUGCAUAUGGCAGCAAUGUUGAUCUCAGCGACAAAACAAGAAACUGGAUGGAGAAAGCCAGAGAAGUGCCUCAAGGUGUUUACCAAGAAGAUGUGGAGAAAGUCCAUCAUCGCCACAAAAGAGCAACAACCAAUAAUAAACUUAUUUGCCAACUUCAUUUACGGGCUGAUCAUUUGUUCACGAAGAACAGAGCGCGUGGAGAAAAAGAACGAGCUCUUUUAUUGAUGGCAAAACACGUACAGGCAGCUCACAAAAUUUACAAGGAGACGGAGUUUGUUGUGAAUGGAAAAUCGACAGCUGGAUAUGGUUUCGCAUGCGAGCAAAUAACACGGAGGAUGAAACAAAACCGGGUAAUCCUUAUGCUCAGGAAUUCAUUGGCGUUGAGAAGUUUUGGAUAUCAUAUCGCUGGAGCCGACCAGUUCGAAAGAUGGGAACAGAUUUUAUGGCGUUCUUGGUUUGGCUUGGUAGCAGAGCCAAAAGGAGUUGCUGGCGGUAUUUGUGAAACGUCCAAACUCUUCCAAGAUGGACGAAAAAAGACUUUGAACACAGGAUUGGUGACUUUCAUCAACUAUAACAAACAAGUUCCCUCUAGGGUUUCAGAAAUAACUUUUGCUCAUGAACUCGGACACAAUUUCGGUGCUCAGCACGACUCGUCCGAAUGCAGUCCUCACUCCAUACUCACUUUCAACCAUUAUUUUUACCAGCACGACUCGUCCGGAUGCAGUCCUCACUCCAUACUCACUUUUCAACCCAUUUAUUUACCAGCACGACUCCACGACUCGUCCGAAUGCAGUUCUCAGGUUGGUGGCAAUUACAUCAUGUUUCCCAAGGCGACGUCAGGAACUGACCCUAACAACAGAAAAUUCUCGAAGUGCAGCAUCGAUUACAUUUCACCUGUCCUGGCCGCCAAAGCUGAUUGUUUCAAACCCAUUUGUGGCAACAAUUUGGUGGAAGAUGGCGAAGAAUGUGACUGUGGUUUUUUCGAUGACUGCAAUGACAAUUGUUGUAAUCACGCGAAUGGUACAGUACACAGCUGUAAACUAAAGGGAGACGCCAAAUGCAGUCCAAGUCAAGGCCUCUGUUGCAAUGAUUCAUGCCAAUUCAAAAUAAUGAUACCGUAUGCGAAACGGAGAUUGCAUAGAGGACACGCGUUGCAACUCAGAUCGGUUUUCACAGGAAUGCACGGGCUCGCGUUCUGUCGACUCGAGGGUCCACUUGAACGCAUCAAGAAUCUCAUUUUCGAGGAGACGCUAUGGAAUCUCGUGGACUGGGUCAAAGAUUACUGGUGGGCUACCAUUCUGAUUGGCUUAGGUCUUAUUAUACUGAUGGCUGGUUUCAUCAAAGUUUGUAGUGUCGCCACACCGAGCAGUAAUCCAAACAAACCCAAGGCGAGGACAAUGUCCUUACGUCGUAAUCCCCGCAGUAACCCAGGUUUCGUUAACAACGAGCCUCCCCCACCGUACGACAUCGAGAUGGGCGACCGAAAUAACCCGCACGGCCGACAAAACGGGCGACGUGCUCGAUAGUCGUCAUUCUCACACAUGAACAAAUUUUCAACUAUU